AUGGUCAAGCUAAAACUGAUGCCACCAGCUACGCUGUUGAAUCAGCCUUCGCGACGUCAAGAUGCAGCGCCUACGGACCAGCAGCCGCAGGUGUGCCCGGCGCCCAAGAGACUGGAGCGAGGCAACCUCAGGUCGACGGAGAAGUUUCUGACCAGUGGCAGCAGCAGGCGUUCCCAGAGGCUGCAGUCCACGGGAGGUCCGCCGAGCGGCCGCCUCAAGCGUCACGACGGCUUCUCCGUCGCCUCCAAGGAUAGCGUGAGCCACGAGCGAGUGCGCAAGGGAAGCGUCCGUAGCCACAGCUCGCAGCAGGACGUGGAGCAACGCCCCGAUAUCCUCGAAGUGGUGAUGAGCAACCUGGUCGUCUUCUUUGUGCUGAUCUCGCUGGUGCUGGGCUUCGCAAUAGGGGCCGCUUUGAAUACACUCAACCUCACCGAGCUGCAGGAACGUAAUCCCGGAGAACUUCAUCGAAGCGUUUGUCUUCAUGAUCUCGGCGAGGAAUCCCACCUAGAGAAGCUAACCCACACGAACUUCCUCGGCCUGCUGGGUUUCUCCGUGCUCCUCGGCUUCGCCCUGUCGCAGUUCGUGCCUACGUGCUGUGCGGGAAGCGAAUUCGGAUGUUUCCCCAUGGUCGGUGCCGAGUCUCCGAUCCCGGAAGGCGGGCACUACAUCCUGCGGCUGACGCGCGUGCUCAGCACAAAGUUCCUGCGCAUGACCGAGAAGAUGCUGUGGUUCUCGCCCAUGGCCGUGAGCGCUCUCAUCGCCGUCGACGUGUCGCGCGUCUCGGAUGUGUCGAUGGUCGUGUGGCACCUGGGCCUGUACUCGUUCACCGUGCUGCUGGGACUUGGUGUCCACGCGUUCCUCUUCCUUCCUGCCCUCUACAUGAUUAAGGUGCGUCGUGACGCGGGUCGCUUCUUCCUGAACCUGUUGCAUCCGCUGGCCAUCGCGUUCGGCUCCCGCUCGAGCAUGGUGGGCAGCCCGGCAGCCAUGGCCAUCCUGGAGAAGAAGGUCGGUUUGCAUCCCGAGUCGGUGCGUCUUAUCGUGCCCAUGAGCGCAGUGAUCAACCACGACGGCACCGCCCUGUACACCAUGGUGGCCGUGCUGUUCGCGGCGCAGCUCCAAGGAGAGAGCCUCGCCAUCAGCUCGCUGGUUGUACUACUCGCCUCUUGCUGCAUUUCCACCAUCGGCGAGUACGGACUCAUGCCUACCUUCCGCGGUCCUGCGCGCGCUGCCCUGCUGCUGACGGUGGUGGGCCUAUCUCCCGACAACAUGGGCUACAUGGCCGUCGUGCACUGGCUUCUGCAGCGUGCCGCGAGCACGGUGGAUCUGCUGAGCGACUGCGUGGGCGCCGCCAUCCUGCAGCGGGAUAUGCUGCAGACUCGCCAGGGGUCGACCCGAUCGCACAGCCUCAGGCACGGGUUCGGCUCCAUCGUGAGCCUGCAGACCGACAGGGACGUCCCAGCGUCGUCCCUUCCCGGACAGGAACCCACCACCCAUACGCUCAACCGCGAGCCCCCGAAGCCUUCCGAUAGAGAGAGUUAGGCGUACUUAUAAAUAAGACGCAUUUGCAUGGCCGUAGAGGCAUGGCUUCGCCGUAGUUAGCCGGCUUUUGGGUCUUAAUCAGAGACAGAGAG